AUAAUCAAUUACAUGAUGAGAUUUACAGAAUUAUAUAACAACAAUGCAGACCAACGCAGCGCACUGGAUAGAGGACAGGACAAAAGACCAUCUGUUGAAAAACUAUAUGAUAGGUUGAUGUCCUUUGAAGGAAAACAAAAUCGAAUACAGAAGGUGCUGGAGGACAUGCAAAACAACAGAGAAGAAAAGAAAAGUAGAGGGGAUCAUCAGUCCAUGCUUUUCCCAGAAUCUUCACUGUUUAAAAAAUGGGGUCAAAAUCUUUCCCAUGAUGAGCAGCAUGAAGCGCAGGCUGGCUUUAACAAAUAUGGAUACAACGUCUAUCUGAGCGACCGACUACCAAUUAACAGACAGCUACCAGACACCCGGGAUCCCAGGUGUGCUACAAAGGUGUAUCCUGAGCAGCUUCCGUCGCUCAGCGUGGUUCUCAUCUACCUGAACGAGGCUCUGUCUGUUGUCAAGAGAGCCAUACACAGUAUCAUCCACCGAACACCUGAUCACCUGCUCAAGGAACUCAUACUGGUGGAUGAUCACAGCACCAACGAGGACCUAGGAGAAAGUCUUGAUUUCUACGUUGCCACCACGCAGAAGCAACAUCCUCAGCUGAAAAUCCUCCGAGUGAGACACGAUCGUCAGAUGGGUCUCGCCCAAGCUCGCGUCUCUGGUUGGGCUGCUGCUAGUGCUGAUGUGGUGGCUAUUUUGGACAUACAUAUAGAGGUCAAUGUGAUGUGGGCAGAGCCGCUGCUAGCACAGAUCAAGGCGGACAGAACGGUCAUCGUCUCUCCUGUGUUUGACAAAGUCAGUUAUGACAACCUUGAAGUAGUUCUGUACCAACCUUAUGCUCAUGGCUUUGACUGGGCCCUGUGGUGUACGUACAUGUUUUUCAGCCCUGAAUGGUACAAACACAACGAUGACUCAACUCCUGGAAAGUCUCCUUCUGUAAUGGGAAUUCUGGCUGCAGACAGAGCUUUUCUGGGAGAGAUCGGCAGCCUGGAUGCAGGGAUGGAGGUUUACGGUGGAGAAAACGUAGAGCUUGGUAUUCGAGUGUGGACGUGUGGUGGGAGCAUCAAGGUCGUGCCGUGCUCCAAGAUCGCCCACAUAGAGAGAGCUCACAAGCCGUACGCACCCGAUCUGAGCAAGUACAUGAUGAGAAAUGCUCUGCGUGUGGCUGACAUCUGGAUGGAUGAGUACAAAUAUCAUGUUCAUAUAGCCUGGAACCUUCCCUUAAAAGAUCAUGGCAUUGAUAUCGGGGACACUUCAGAAAGAAAAAAACUCAGAAAGAAACUUGGAUGUAAACCGUUCAAGUGGUACAUGGAGAACAUCUAUCCUAGUCUAGACCUCUGGAUCGACAUUUUGGGCUACGGAGGACUACAAAAUUUAGAUUCACAGAUGUGUUUGGAUCAAGGUCCUGUCCCGGGUCAUACUCCUAUAGCGUAUACAUGCCACUAUUACACACCUCAGCACGCAGCUUACAAAAAAAGCGGCGAGUUUUAUAUUGGUGAGAUCAAAUCAAAUAAAAUCACUGAAAGCAGUUGUCUGGCAGAUCCUGGAACAGGGAAUGUCCCUGGCUUGUAUAAAUGCAAAGAGGCCUUGAUGAGGAACAUGAGCAUUUACUGGGAUUUUAAGCAGGGUGGUGAAUUGCACAACCGAAAGACAAACAGAUGUUUGGAAAUCCACCAUCACACUCUUGUUAUUCAGAACUGCUCAGGACAACGAUGGAGCAUAAAACAUGUCAUCAAACCCUUCUGAUGGUUCUCUUGUCUUUUACAGUCAGUUUUACAGUGUUCAUGAUGUGCGGAUGUAAACAUACAAGAAUCCUGAACAGAGGAUAUGAAUAAUUCUUCUUUCUGGUUUUUCUGAAUGAUUUAUCAGAUGUUCUUACAACAAGAAAUGUCUUGUUUAUUAAUGAAGUAUAUAAAUGUCUUGUUUAUUAAUGAAUUAUAAGGAUGUAAUCUGAGGAGUUGACUUGCCAGUGAUUACAUGCCAUAAUCUAUUAAAGAGCAACAUCUCGUGUUUUUCUUUUUACCUUGUAUAAUUUCUUUUAAUGUUGUAAAACAGUUCCUCAAGCAACAAAAAACAAAUAAAAAAACAAACAAAUA